AUGUCUAGUGGUUUCGCAAGCAAUGUUCAAGCCAGAGCCCAAGAGGUGGCGAAAGAAGAUUAUGAGAAAGCAAAAGUCCUCUUGUCAGAGGCUGCAAGAAGCGGAUCUUACCUGUACCCAUUCAGGGGUAUUAUCUACUUCAUGACACAUAGAUCAUUAUGGAAGCCGUUUUACUCGCGCAUAUUGCCCACCCUGGGGCUUACUGCGGGAGUUACAGCGUCCAUGUUUUUCUUCACUUACCUACCACAACUAACAAUUCUCGUCUUCGUAAAUGGGCCCUUGGCUGUCUUUACUACAGUGCUUCUUGUUCUCAAUGAGAGCUCUACUAUUGUUAACCUUAUUUCCCGCAAUUUCCUCUUACAAGAUGCACUGCUCGACACUUUUGAUGGCACACUCGUUGCGAAGGACGCAAUCGGUAUUGUUAGCGAGGGACGGCAAUUAAAAUCUGGCCAAGACCCGAUUGGAAGGUUAGGCAAGAUCCUAAAGAACCCAUUUGCGAAGUUUACCCCGAAAGCCCUGAUCAGAUACGUUAUGUAUCUUCCACUUAACUUCAUUCCCGUUGUCGGUACUAUCAUAUUUAUCAUUCUCCAAGGUCGGACAAGAGGUAGUUCCGUUCAUGGUCGAUAUUUCCAAUUGAAAGGGUGGACGUCAUCUCAACAACGGGAUUGGCUUGAACGCCACUCCGCUCCAUAUGCAACCUUCGGAACAAUUGCAACUGUCCUCGAGAUGAUCCCUAUAGCGUCGAUAUUCUUUGCAUUCACUAACACUGUGGGUGCUGCGCUCUGGGCUGCCGAUAUCGAGCAGAAAAACACACAUAUGACACAAGGCACUGCCCCUAACCUACGGGAAUCUGCGAAGAAGGCCGAGUAG